CGCGUAAUCGGAGCGCUGACAGGUUUAGGAAGGUAGAUGGUGUUGACAAUCCAUCAGCUUACGUGGAGAGACCAGGUGUAACGGACGAAUGCAGGAUUGAUGCUUGUAUGCAUACUGUCGGUGCCGACAAAGGCACCGUCAGACCGUGUAUCGUGGUGGAACUUCGGAUCGUGAUUCACUCCGAUUAUGCUCGCAUGUGAGUCAAUAACACAAUGCGGCCAUGAGACUCGUGUGAGUAGACGAGGAGCGCGCUCUGAGGGUGUGGGACUGGAAGAUGGAUCGCAGAAUCGAAUCUUGGCCGUGAGAUGGGAUGUCACCGGCGGAGACAUACGCUCACAAGCUGCAUUCGACGCUCGAAGGAGUCUGUAGGAAUCGGUAUGAUGUUACGCUACAACUCGGUGAGAGCCGUCGACCGUCAGCUCUCGGACGAGAAGGUGUAUCUGCGGCUCCGUGCAUGAUCUUGUCGUCCACUUUUAAUCACCCGAAGGUAUGGUACCGUAGUGAUUGCCACGCAGAGCUCCUUCAUUCCACUAUCACAAUACUCCACAAUUCACAAUCUCGUCAUUCACGUUCACGAUUUCGACAUCAACAAUCACAAUGCCGAACACACGAUUAUCAACUGAGACGGGUGAAGAUAAAUUCGAGCAUCUAGUCCUCGCUCUGAAAGACACGCUUGGAUCAUCAGGCUUGACAUCCGAUGAUGUUGACUUGGAUAGCCUCACAAGCUUGAUGCAAGAAUAUGAAAGCAAUGAGGAUGAAUGGGCACGUUUUGCUCUUUCUGAUCUGAGCAAAGGCUACACGAGAAAUUUGGUUGAUGAAGGGAAUGGGAAAAGCAAUUUGCUGAUCCUUGUCUGGACACCCGGAAAAGGAAGUCCCAUCCACAACCACAGCAACGCGCACUGCCUCAUGAAGAUCCUGCGAGGCGAGCUCACAGAAACACGAUACGAGUUUCCCAAGCAUGGUUCAGAAACAGAAGAGGAGCAGUCUAUGAAAAUGAUAGCGGAAAGGACCUACGCCGAAAAUCAUGUCGCGUACAUGAGCGAUGACCUGGGUGUUCACAAAGUGUGGAACAAGAGUGAGAACUUGGCUGUUUCUCUGCACUUGUACACGCCUCCCAAUAUCGUGAAAAAUGGCUGCUACGUCUAUGAAGAAAAGACUGGGAAGGAAACACAUAUUAGGAGAUGUGAGUAUCAUUCGAUGCAUGGGAAGUUGGUUAGUGGCGAAUAUGGGAAGCCCCUGUUGUAGUGAGUAAGUGGGGUGUUGAGUUGGAAUCUCCUGGCGCCAGGGGCGGACUUCGCUUAAUGAUUGACACCUCGCAUUUGUUUAGAUAUAAGACAUGAAUGAUGGGAAAGUUGGAAAUAGAAUUAAAUUCUUACUUUGCCAGUGUUUCAUUGACGUUGGAU